GUCGAUUCUGCCGGCCAUAUGGAAGAUAUGGAAGGCGACCUCGGGCGGUGAGUGAGUAAUUAUCGCUAUCGGCUACGUAAUUGAACAGAUUCAGCAGCGAAGCUCCGUCAGCUCGGUCUCAUUAUCACUGGCCCUGUCCCUGCAAAGCACAGGCCAUCAGCCGCUGCCCGUUGCGUCGCUGCCAAAACCUGCAUCAGCUGGUGGAUUCAGUUGGUUGCAUUGAGGUCGGUUUUUAUCCUCCUGCUCUUCUAGGAACCUGGCACCUAAAACUCUCUGCCAUUCUUGCUUCCCUAAACUUUGACGAUUUUCCUCUUGGUCUGCCGCUCUUUCUUUCCAUUUGUUGCCCUGUUGCUUGUUUAAGACGGGCAUUUACCCAACCACAAAUUCAUAUCAGACCGUCACCAUGUUCGCCCUCCGUGCCAUUGCUGUGCCUGCGCAGCGCCAGGCCUUCCGCGCAGCUCCCCGCGCGGCCGUCACUCUUUCGCUGCAGAACCAGAGACUAUACUCCGAGAAGGUCGCCAAGUACGAGGGAAAGAAGGAUGCGAAGGGUAACUACACAGUCAGUUUGAUCGAGGGUGAUGGCAUUGGCCCCGAGAUUGCCGUUGCCGUCAAGGACAUCUUCGCCGCCGCCAAGACGCCAAUUUCCUGGGAACCCAUCAACGUCGACCCCAUCCUCAAGGAUGGCAAGACUGCUAUCCCCGACGAUGCCAUCGAGAGCAUCAAGAGAAACAAGAUUGCCCUCAAGGGUCCUCUUGCUACCCCCAUCGGCAAGGGCCACGUCUCUCUCAACUUGACCCUUCGUCGCACUUUCAACCUCUUCGCCAACCUCCGUCCCUGCCGCUCGGUUGCUGGAUACAAGACCCCCUACGAUAACGUCGACACCGUCCUGAUCCGCGAGAACACCGAGGGCGAGUACUCCGGCAUUGAGCACGUUGUGGUGGAUGGUGUCGUCCAGAGCAUCAAGCUCAUCACCCGCGAGGCCAGCGAGCGCGUCCUCCGGUUCGCCUUUCAGCAUGCCCGCUCCAUCGGCCGCAAGAAGGUCCGUGUCGUCCACAAGGCCACCAUCAUGAAGAUGUCCGACGGUCUUUUCCUCCAGUGCGCCCACAACAUCGCCAAGGAGUUCCCCGAUAUCGAGUUCGACGCCGAGCUCCUCGACAACACCUGCCUCAAGAUGACUACCGACCCCAUCCCCUACAACGACAAGGUCCUCGUCAUGCCCAACCUGUACGGUGACAUUCUCUCCGACAUGUGCGCCGGUCUCAUUGGCGGUCUCGGGUUGACGCCCUCCGGCAACAUUGGCGACGAGUGCUCCAUCUUCGAGGCCGUCCACGGUUCCGCCCCUGAUAUUGCCGGCAAGGGUCUUGCCAACCCCACCGCUCUCCUCCUCAGCUCCAUGAUGAUGUUGAGACACAUGAGCCUGAACGAGUACGCCGACCGCAUCGAGAAGGCGGCUUUCGCCACCCUUGCCGAGGGCAAGGCUCUUACUGGUGAUCUUGGUGGCAAGGCUUCCACCAAGCAGUUCACAGAUGCGAUUAUCGAGAAGCUUUAAAAGAGAUACCAAACUUUGUUUAUAGACUGUACUUGUACGGCGUAACCGGACUUUUCGAUAGUAAUUGUUUGG